AAUGCACUUGGAUACUAUAUUUGGUGCCGGACUCAAAUCUUAUCGUUUAAAUAUUUGAAGGGGUAUUGCUGAAAAAGAACAGUGUAGUUUUGAUAGCAACUUACCAGUCCACAUCUGUACUAUAUAUAUAUAUAUAUCUGUUAAAGUUUUAUACGCAGUAGAAAUACAUAUAUAUACAUACUUAUCGAAUAUCUCAACCAGAGACAGUCCAGGUUAUGUGCAGUUAACAGCAGUUCUGUGUGUAGACUAGUGUUUGCCGGUUCAGUACUUGACAAUGCAAAAUUUUAGUUGAACAACCAGUUUCGAGGAACUUUACUAAUAAGGCAUAUUUCAAGACCAUUUAAGUAUAAAGGCUUUGGGAUGAUUUUCAAAAAGAGGAGUCUUUCUGACACUACUGUCAAAAGUAUUGACAAUGUCACGCUACUCAGUUCUUAUAAUUUAACUGAGCCUAGGAAACUGUUGGAAGACAAUAAGAAAGGAAUUUCUACCAGGAAAAAAGAUGUUCUAGCGGCUAAGGAAACUUGGGGUCUCGGCACAUUUUUCUUAGUACUGCUGAUUACUGCGUGCCUUCAGAUUUCAAUUUCUAUAUAUAUCAUUUUUAAACUAAAAUAUUAUACUCACGAGGAAUCAAUGUUAAUAGAGCAAAAUAAAAAAAUGUUGGAUUCAACAAUCUCAAUGCUACAGAUACUAACAUCCUUUGCAAUUUAUUUGCCCAGUUUAGUGAAGAGAGUUGAUUCGUUCAACAAUUUCUGUUGGAAUUCUUUACAAGAUCAAAACGUAGAGAAUAUUGCACAUUCAAAGAUAGAUGAGGUGAUCGAUAACCUUGUGCUCAAAUCUGUUUGCAAAAAUGAUCCAAUAUCAGACAUAAAAAUGAUAAACAAUAUUAAUAAAAAUCUACACUGUCAAAAUAUUCAACCUGAUCUAAGAUUCGAUUGUCAUCCAGAGGAUGGAGCCUCAGAAUUAUCAUGUGCAGAUCGUAAUUGUUGCUGGACUCCGAUAAGCAAUGAUAUUUCAAAUACAUCAAGAAUACCUCUAAAUAUUCCAUAUUGCUAUUAUCCAUCAGAAUGGCCUGGAUACAAAUACGAUAAAUAUAAUCAAGAUGGUAACAAUUUUCUUGGGUUCUUAAGCCGUUCAACUCCUUCUUUCUAUAAGAAUGAUAUUAAAACUAUCCAACUGGAAUCUAUUAGUAUUGACAAUUCUAUUCUCCGUGUCAAGAUGACUGAUCGCUCUAACCACCGAUACGAACCACCUUGGCCACUUAGAAAUGAUAGAUAUUUAUAUGGCACCAAAAAUACUAAUGAAAAGUACGAAUUUAGAGUGGAUCCAAACAAAACUGGCUUCAUGAUUAGCAGAUCAUCCGACAAGACUCCAUUAUUCGACUCGAUUGGAAUGGGUGGAUUGAUAUUUGCUGAUCAGUUUUUGCAAAUAAACGCUUUACUACCAUCGCACAAUAUAUAUGGCCUCGGCGAACAUAGAGAGCAUCUGAAAUUAAAUACUAAUUGGCAAUCAUACACAUUUUUCAAUAAAGAUCAGCCACCUACAGAAGGGGCAAGUUUGUACGGUUCUCAUCCGUUUUAUCUAAUAAUUGAGGCUUCUGGUAACUGUCAUGGAGUUCUCUUCCUUAACAGCAAUGCUAUGGACGUAAUUCUACAACCAACACCAGCGAUCACGUUCCGGUCUAUCGGUGGUAUCUUUGAUAUGUACUUCUUUUUGGGACCAACGCCUGCGGAUGUUCUUAAACAAUACUCUGAAGUAGUUGGAAAACCAUUUAUGCCACCUUACUGGUCCCUUGGGUUUCACUUAUGCAGAUUUGGUUACGGAAGUUUGGAAAAAACCAAGGAAGUAUGGAACAGAACACGCACUGCAGGAAUUCCACUUGAUACUCAAUGGAACGAUCUGGAUUACAUGAGCAACAACAAUGACUUUACAUACAGCGAGGACAAUUUUAAAGAUCUUCCAAAAUUCAUCGAUGAGCUUCACACACUUGGAAUGCAUUACAUUCCAUUGAUAGACGCAGGAAUUUCUGCUGGUGAAGUUAAUGGCACUUAUCCACCUUAUGAUGAAGGUUUACGCAUGGAUAUAUUUAUCAAAGAUUCCGAGACAAAUCAGCCAUUCGUAGGAAAAGUCUGGAAUCGUGUCUCCACGGUAUGGCCAGAUUUUACACACAAGAAUAUAAAAGAUUAUUACACAAAAAUGAUGAAUUUAUUACACAAAGAUGUAGCAUUCGAUGGUGCUUGGAUAGAUAUGAAUGAACCAUCAAACUUUUAUAAUGGUCAUAUAAAUGGAUGUACCCAAAAUAAGCUUGAUUAUCCUCCAUAUGUACCGAAUGUUGUUAGCGGUUUGCUUGCAACUAAAACAGUUUGUAUGAACGCUCAGCAUUCUCUCAGUACGCAUUACAAUCUUCAUAAUACAUAUGGUACCAGUCAAGCCAUUACUACUAAUCACGUCCUGAAAUCUCUUAGAAACAAAAGACCUUUUAUAAUAUCAAGAUCGACCUGGGUGGGACAUGGUGCGUAUGCAGGUCACUGGACUGGAGAUAUAUACUCUUCAUGGCACGAUUUGAGAAUGAGUAUCCCAGAGAUCUUAGCCUUUAGUUUCUUUCAAGUACCAAUGGUGGGUGCUGAUAUUUGUGGAUUUGAUGGAAAUACGACAGAAACGUUGUGCAAUCGGUGGAUGCAGUUAGGAGCUUUCUAUCCAUUCUCACGUAAUCACAAUUCGGACGAUACCACAGAACAAGAUCCAGUGGCUAUGGGAGAUCUUGUUGUUCGAUCUUCCAAGAAAGCUUUGACGAUUCGAUAUUGGCUACUUCCUUACCUUUAUACAUUAUUUUAUCGAGCUCAUCGUUUUGGUGAAACUGUUGCUCGUCCAUUAUUCUUUGAAUUUCCACAGGAUGUCACCACAUACGUUAUUGAUACUCAAUUCCUAUGGGGAAGCUCCUUUAUGAUUGUGCCAGUUCUCCAAGAAGGUGACACUUCAGUAAAGGCUUAUCUUCCUCGUGGUCUGUGGUAUGAUCUGUACUCGAAACUAUUUGUAUUUUCUACCGGAAAAUACUUUAUGCUGGAUGCACCUCUGGAUACGAUACCUCUACUCAUUCGUGGAGGCUACAUUCUGCCAGCUCAGGAACCUAAGUCGACCACAACAGAAAGUAGAAAGAGUGACUUUGAAUUGCUGAUAGCAUUAGAUCAGUUUGGCGAAGCUAACGGAGAACUUUACUGGGACGAUGGAGACAGUCUCGACACCACUUGCAACUUUCAGUGGUUGAACUUUACAGUAAAAGAGGAAAAUCUCUCUAGUGAUAUUGUCGAGAAGCCCAAUUGUAAUAAGAAAUUUGUUAAGUUUAAUGAAAAAAUGAUUCUUGGCAAAGUUCGCAUACUGGGCAUUACGCGAACAGUCUCACGCGUCUUCAUUAAUGACAAGAAGAUCAAUUUUAAUUACGAUCCAGAUAAAUCGUAUCUGAAGGUGCAGGAUUUGUCGUGGGACUUACACCAGAAAUUCACGUUAUCUUGGAAAUACGAAUAACCAAUAACAGCAACAAAGUAUGAUAAAAUUCUCAAUUAACAUAACGUAAGUAAAAGUGUGAUAUACCCCCCUUUUAAUUUUAACGUUGUUUACUUUAUAAUCGCUACACGAAAUGUAUUACCCUAUACUCAUAUUUUGUUACUGCUUGUUUGAUUAAUAAAAGAAAUAUCGGAAGGAUAUUAAAAUCAGAUAAUAAA